AGCUCGAGUUACAGUAGUUGUCGAAAGUUUGGACGACCCAACGCACCUCAAGAAAAUGAUGGCUUCGAGUUACAGGGACUGCAAGGCAUGGAUUGCAGAAGGUCUCCCGCUGUCCACCAGCAGUAAUGAGGCUUGUAAACUAUAUGACGCCAUACUCACUCAGUAUGUGAAAUGGCGGAAUGAUGAAACCGUGGGAGGAUUUGAAGGAUGCAUGUCUGCUAUCCAGGCAGCUGACCCUAACUUUGUUAUGGGCCACGUGAUCUGUACGGGGCUGGACCUGGUGUCCACCGGGAGCUCCACCCGUCUGGAUGAGCGCCUGGCCAGCGCUGUGAGGCGAACAGUGGAGCUGGCCAACAGCCAGGUUAUCUCUCCCAGAGAGAGGCUCCAUGUCCAGGCCAUGGAGCACUUUUCACAUGGACAGUUUACAAAGGCCUGCAACAUAUGGGAAGACAUUAUGGUGGAUCACCCGACUGAUAUGCUGGCUCUCAAGUUUGCUCAUGAUGGUUACUUCUACAUCGGAGCCAAAAACCAGAUGAGGGAUUCCGUGGCCAGGGUGCUGCCCUACUGGAAACCACAUCAGCCUUUGUUCAGCUAUCUGAAAGGAAUGUAUUCCUUUGGUCUCCUGGAGACUAAUUUCUAUGACCAGGCUGAAAAAGUAGCCAUGGAGGGCCUCGCUCUGACUCCGGAUGAUGCUUGGUCUGUUCACUCUGUAGCCCAUGUCUAUGAGAUGAAAGCAGAGGUGGACAAGGGCUUGAAAUUCAUGGAAAGUAGAGAGAAAGACUGGCAGGUAUCUGACGUGCUGGCCAGUCAUAACUAUUGGCAUUGGGCUCUCUACUUCAUCGAGAAGGGGGAAUACGAAGCUGCUCUGCAGAUAUUCGACUCUCAGGUAUUCAGACGUUGCAAAGCUACAGGAUCUAUGUUGGACACUGUAGAUGCCAGUUCGAUGCUCUGCAGACUGGAAAUGGAAGGUGUGUGCGUUGGGGACCGUUGGCGAGAGCUGCUCCAGGUAACACGCCCUCACACCGAUGAUCACGUGACCCUGUUUAACGACGUCCACUUCCUCAUGGCGUCGCUGGGAGCCAAGGAGAGCGGGACUUCUCAGCGUCUGCUGGAGGGCCUCCAGGAAUUGGCUAAAGAGCCAGGGGAAAACGCACAGCAUCAGAUGGCACAGGCUAUAGGUGUACCAAUGUGUCAGGCCAUGAUGGAGUACGACCAGGGCAACUACAAUCAAGCCAUGGAAUUACUGUACCCUUUACGCCUCCGUGUGGUAAAUAUAGGUGGCAGUGAUGCACAGAGGGAUGUCUUCAAUCAACUGCUUAUCCAUGCAGCCAUGAAAUCGGAGAACAAGCACCAUCAGAAACUGGGAAGAUGCCUUCUGUUGGAGCGCGAUGCCUUGAGGCCGAACUCCCCUCUGACGGGUCGUCUGAUGAAGAGAUCACUGGCUCUUCACAACUAGACUGAUUGCAAGCUGCUCAGGGGAGCUGACAUGCAAAAACCGUCAACACCAUAAGCUAAUGUGCCGGGGUUUGGCUUUAUAAGACUAUAAACUGCUACUAACCAGCAGAAAUGGGACACUGUUGUCAAGACAUCUAAAACUUUAUACAGCGCUCUUUUCCAUGUAUUGCUUAGUGCUCUAUUAGAUACAGACCUUUGAAGCUUUGUUAAUGAACACAUUAAUACUUCUAAUCAAUAAAGAGCAGUGUAACUUUUCAAUUUUAUUAGCAAACAUCACAUUUACAUAUAAAUACUGUGGAAUAAAAUCAAUAAAAAAAGCAAUGUUCA